AUGCCCCGUGCGGUCAACGUUGGCCUCGGCAUGGGUCCCGCCGACGCAGUCGCGUUUGUCGAGCCCGGGGGGUGGGUCUAUCUUGGUGUAGAAGCUCGAGCCGAUGAUCAGAGUCGUCGUGUCAUUGGUGUCUGCGUGCCAGGCCUCCAGGGCAGCCUGAUUGGUAGAUCUCUUAGAAGCAACGUGCUGUGUCGGUCCGAAGACAGACUCCGUUCGAGGACAGGUUCAGGGUCUUCGGACCGAAUCACUUCAGAAACACGAGCGCCUUCGUACCAAAAGGCACGCUAA